AUGUCUUCGAAUGGCUUGCGUGGAAUAACAUUGCGCUUCCAGGUCCAUCAACCAUCAGGGGUGUGCAAAACAUCGACGACGGUUUCACUCCUGCUGCUUUCGCUCUGGGUCCCGCCAGCGGUAUGCAGUCUCAUCUGCGGCUCAAGCAUCUUCCGACGCAGAUUCUCUCGCACCAAAAACCAGUCGGAGGAGCGCGCUGGACAUGUCGACAGAUUCUACCUCUUUGUGUCCUUGUUUGGCAGCUUUUUCUUCCAAGCCGUUGUCGUCACUGUUGCGCAGGGUCAACUUCUGGCCGAUGACAAUCCAGAUAACUCGAUCUCGGAUCUUUAUUGGGUAUGGUUAAUCAGACCUAUGCCGGCAACAUUUGUGCUGUUCAUGGCGUACAUCUGUCCUGCGCUCUACCUCGAGAGCGCACUAGAGAUGCAAUGUGUGGAAGGAGUGUUGGGCAUGUUUACGAUUGGCAUCUACGACGAUAUUCGUAAAGGCGUCAGGGGAGCUGAUAUCCUUCAGCCCGGGGUGAAACAUAUCCGCGAUGGAGCCAAAAUGGGCUUCGCCUUCUGGAUUCUGUCCUUUCUCGUCGCCUUUGCGGUCCUCGUUCUCCUCAAGAUAGGGAUGAUGCGCGGGAAACCUCUUGACGGCACUCCAAUCCGCCUCUGGACCGGAUGGAGCAUCAUUUUCAACAUGAUCCGGACGAUCGCCGGCUUUCUGAUAUGGGCUGGUGUUGCCCAGGUUGACCAACAAGUUUUCUGCCCCAGCCUUUCCGCAACAGGGGGCAUCGCUGCGAUCCCCUUCGCGAGCGCCCUGGUUGAUCAUGGCUGGAGGGCUUAUUUCUGUGUGGUGGAUGGUACAACCAUGGGCCCGCUCAGCUCAGUAUGGCGAGCCUCGCUACUACCUUCUUAUCGGAAAGCACCAACCGACGAAGAGGCAAGCGGCAAUGAAACCACACCAGACACAAGGACCCGGGGAUCACCUUUGCGCUGA